AACUUUUGAGACUUACUGUACGUAUGUAGAAAGAAACGGAUGACUACACUACACGCUACACGUCAGACGUUUGAGUCGAAAAGCUUACAAUUAGUACGACUGAGGACUGAGGUUGACCGAGGCGCUCUCGUUAUCAGUCACUGUAUGAUUUAUACACGUUUAAAGUAAUACGUGUGAGUUUUUCAGUGCACGGUGCACGUUUCGACAGUGUUGGACAGUGUUCGAUAGCAAUCAGGAUGGCAUCUUAUUCAGAGGAUCAGCUGGCAGAAUUUCAGGAGGCAUUCCAGCUUUUUGACAGUCGAGGGGAUGGCAAGAUUCACGUGUCCCAAAUUGGAGAUGCACUGCGAGCUCUCGGACAAAAUCCGACUGAAUCGGAUGUAAAGAAAUUCACUCAUCAACACAAACCCGACGAACGUAUCAGUUUCGAAGUGUUUCUACCUAUUUAUCAAGCUAUAAGUAAAUCUCGAACAUCCGAUACCGCAGAUGACUUCAUAGAAGGUUUACGUCAUUUCGACAAAGAUGGGAAUGGCUUCAUCUCUUCUGCAGAAUUGAGACAUCUUUUGACAACAUUAGGUGAGAAACUCAGCGACGAAGAAGUUGAAACAUUGUUAGCGGGCCAUGAAGAUUCACAGGGCAAUAUUAAUUACGAAGAUUUCGUUCGCCAAGUGAUGUGCGGAUGAAUGUUGAUUAUAAGUAAUCAUUAUUAUAGAAAGAUUUGCGUUCGUCGUAAGAUUUCUUUAGAUGUUUAAUUUUUUCCACCAUUUUUGCGCCAUACUUUGCCAGUAUAUACCACUUUACGUGGAAUGAUUUAGUCGCUAAUAGUUUUGUUGGGUACUGUAAAAUAUUUUUUUUCGUUAUAUCAAAUUUAUUUUUUAUACCCGGACAAUCUUUAUUACGCAUCGGCUAAAAAAUUAUGUAAAAAUAGAACGCGCAAACUAAAAUCGAAGUAAGCCUGCAAUUCGAUUUAUACAGUUUCCAACCUAGACAUUCCAAACUUAUUCUUAUCAAUUUUAUAUAUUUCUUAGGAUUCAAACGAGUACGAACAAUUUUCUAUUGAUUUACGACUGUAGUUAGUUUCUUUCUACAUACUUCCAAUUUAAAUGCACAUUAUUUUCUGUAUAAAUGAUUAAAAAUGUCUGAAACCUCAAAAAUACUGUAUAACGAAUGAAAUAAAAUUUUUUUAAAACUAAA